AUUGGGCGACCUGCGGAAAAAGCAGAGUACUGUACUCAGCACACGGCGUUUCGGCUCUCCUUCUUUCAAGUAAAACAUUCAGGUGAAAGAAAGUCCGUAACAGACUGUGGAUAUCCAAGCGGACUAACCCUGGAAUGUAACACAGCCACAGAUUCUGCCUCAAUGAUCAACAGCCUGCUGCUCGGAUGAGGCCCUGGCUACAGGGGAGGCGGAGCUGACAAAGAAGAGGCGGAGCUUACCGACAGGAGGCGGGGCUGACAGAGAAGAGGCGGAGCUGACGGGGAGGAGGCGGAGCUUACAGACAGGAGGCGGGGCUUACACAGAGGCGGCGGAGCUUACAGAGAGGAGGCGGGGCUUACAGACAGGAGGCAGGGCUUACAGAGGGAUCCCCUGGGCCCAGCCGAGGGGGGAGUGGCCACUCCUCCACGCUGCCUUCACUCGCCCGAUUCCCGCGUGCGCUGGUCCCCCGCAGAGAUUCAAACCUGUUUCUCCAACGCUUCUUCCAGAAACUGAGACUGUUCUCCGCAGCGGACGCGGCGCGGGCCUCCGGGGGGGCCGAAGGGAUGGGAAGCGCGCGGCCCGCUAACCACUACAGCAUCGUGUCGUCCGACGAAGAGGGGAUGAAGCUCUCCAGCGCCAGCGUGCCCAACGGCUACGGCAACGGCAAGGUGCACACCCGCCACCACGCCCACAGCCGCUUCGUCAAAAAGAACGGCCACUGCAACGUGCAAUUCGUCAACGUGAGCGAGAAGGGCCAGCGCUACCUGGCCGACAUCUUCACCACCUGCGUGGACGUGCGCUGGCGCUUCAUGUUCCUCAUCUUCUGCCUGGCCUUCCUGCUGUCCUGGCUCUUCUUCGGCUGCGUCUUCUGGCUGGUGGCCAUCUUCCACGGGGACCUGGAGGGCGGGGCUCCCAAGUGCGUCUCCAACGUCAGCAGCUUCACCGCCGCUUUCCUUUUCUCCGUGGAGACGCAGACCACCAUCGGCUACGGCUACCGCUACGUGACGGACGAGUGCCCGUUGGCCGUCUUCAUGGUGGUGUUCCAGAGCAUCGUGGGCUGCAUCAUCGAUGCCUUCAUCAUCGGUGCCGUCAUGGCCAAGAUGGCCAAGCCCAAGAAGAGGAACGAGACGCUGGUGUUCAGCCACCACGCCACCAUCGCCAUGCGCGACGGCAAGCUGUGCCUGAUGUGGCGCGUGGGCAACCUGCGCAAGAGCCACCUGGUGGAGGCGCACGUGCGGGCACAGCUGCUCAAGUCCCGCACCACGGCCGAGGGCGAGUUCAUCCCGCUGGACCAGGUGGACAUCGACGUGGGCUUCGACAGCGGCAUCGACCGCAUCUUCCUGGUGUCGCCCAUCACCGUGGUGCACGAGAUCGACGAGGACAGCCCCUUCUACUGCAUGACCAAGCAGGACCUGGAGACCUCCGAGUUCGAGAUCGUGGUGAUCCUGGAGGGGAUGGUGGAGGCCACGGCCAUGACCACGCAGUGCCGCAGCUCCUACCUGGCGGGCGAGGUCCUGUGGGGCCACCGCUUCGAACCCGUGCUCUUCGAGGAGAAGAACUACUACAAGGUGGACUACUCCCGCUUCCACAAGACCUACGAGGUGCCGGGCACGCCUCUGUGCAGCGCCAGGGAUCUGGCAGAGAAGAAGUUCAUCCUGUCCACCGCCAGCUCCUUCUGCUACGAGAACGAGGUGGCAUUGCCCGCCAGCAGGGAGCAGGCGGAGGAGGACGGAGGAGGCGGGGUGGGGCAGGAGGGCGGCACCACGGACACGGGCUCGGACUCCGCCCACACGCCGGCCACCGCCCCCUCAGAGCCCCGCCCCCUGAGGCGAGAGUCUGAAAUAUGACUGUGCACAUGCUGUGAGGGGGUGGGGCAGGGGGCGGGCCAGAGCUCGGGGGGAGGGAACAGACAGGAUGGGGUCCCACUGAAUGGUACUGCUGUAAAAAUGGGCGAAGCUUUGAUCAAGGACUGACUUUAUAAGUGUUCUCGGGCAAGACUUUUUUUUUUGUUGUAACGCACAGGCACAAAGUUAUGAGGCUGUACAGGUGUACAUAGAAGGACAGACAGACAGACAGCACUAUUUAUUAAUCAGAUGGCAUGCACCCGCAGUGUAAGGGUUCAAUGGCAAAACUUGAAAAUGGUGCAGGCAUGUUUGCCAUCUGUCCAGUCCAGAAGAGCAACAGGAACAGCGUGGUUUUAGUGGCAAUAUUUGUACCUUUUCCUUAUUUUAUGUGCCUAAAUGGUUUCUAAAUGCUGCUAUAAAAUACUAGAUUAUUUUUGUUUUGUUUUGUUUAGCAGUUAAGGUAGAGAAGGUUUCUCAAAAAAACAUUAAAAGCACUUACAAGGUCAAGUGCACAGUCACAAAGACAUAUAUGAAUAUAUAUUUUUAUUUUUUCUGUCUCUUCCUCUCAUAAACCAAAGACAUAUUUGCUGUUUUGCACAUAGAUGUGUUGUGGGGGCAGGGGGACUGGUCCUAGAGAGCAGUCUGUCUGAGUGUGUGUGAGACAGACUACAGCCCUAGUAACAGAGCAUUCUGUGUGUGUGUGUGUGUGUGUGUGUGAGACAGACUACAGCCCUAGUAACAGAGCAGUCUGUGUGUGUGUGUGUGUGUGUGUGUGAGAGACA